AUGGCUGAAGCUGGGACAGGCUUUCUGGAGCAGCUCAAGUCCUGCAUCGUCUGGUCAUGGACUUACCUCUGGACCCUGUGGUUCUUCAUCAUGCUUUUCCUGGUCUACAUCCUGAGGGUGCCUUUGAAGAUCAAUGACAAUCUAACCACAGUGAGUAUGUUUUUGAACACAUUAACCCCCAAGUUCUAUGUUGCCUUGACAGGCACUUCUUCAUUAAUCUCAGGUCUUAUUUUGAUAUUUGAGUGGUGGUAUUUUCGCAAGUAUGGGACAUCAUUCAUUGAGCAGGUCUCUGUGAGCCACUUGCGCCCUCUGCUGGGUGGGGUGGACAAUAACUCCCCCAACAACUCUAACACAAGCAAUGGGGACUCUGAUUCAAACCGACAGAGUGUUUCAGAAUGCAAAGUGUGGCGAAAUCCAUUAAACCUAUUCAGAGGAGCUGAGUAUAACCGAUAUACGUGGGUGACAGGAAGAGAACCUUUGACCUAUUAUGAUAUGAAUCUUUCAGCGCAGGAUCAUCAAACGUUUUUUACAUGUGACACAGAUCAUUUACGGCCUGCAGAUGCCAUAAUGCAAAAAGCCUGGAGAGAGAGAAACCCGCAAGCCAGAAUUUCUGCAGCACACGAAGCCUUGGAGUUGAACGAGUGUGCCACUGCUUAUAUUCUCUUGGCUGAAGAGGAAGCAACGACUAUUGUGGAGGCAGAGAAGCUGUUUAAGCAGGCUCUGAAAGCAGGAGAGGGCUGCUACAGGCGUAGCCAGCAGUUACAGCACCAUGGAGCCCAGUAUGAAGCCCAACACAGACGAGAUACUAAUGUGUUAGUAUACAUUAAGCGGAGGCUGGCAAUGUGUGCAAGAAAGCUGGGAAAGACCAGGGAAGCUGUAAAAAUGAUGAGAGAUUUAAUGAAGGAGUUUCCUCUGCUAAGCAUGUUCAACAUCCAUGAAAACCUGCUAGAAGCUCUGUUGGAGUUACAAGCAUAUGCAGAUGUUCAGGCAGUUUUAGCAAAAUAUGAUGAUAUAAGCUUACCAAAAUCAGCAACGAUAUGCUACACAGCUGCACUGCUCAAAGCCAGAGCUGUCUCUGACAAAUUUUCUCCAGAGGCUGCCUCAAGGCGAGGACUGAGUACAGCAGAGAUGAAUGCAGUAGAAGCUAUUCACAGAGCAGUAGAAUUUAAUCCACAUGUGCCAAAAUAUCUACUAGAAAUGAAAAGCUUAAUACUGCCCCCUGAACAUAUUCUGAAGAGAGGGGACAGUGAAGCAAUAGCAUAUGCUUUCUUUCACCUUCAGCACUGGAAAAGGGUAGAGGGGGCACUGAAUCUCUUACAUUGUACGUGGGAAGGCACUUUCAGAAUGAUCCCCUAUCCUUUGGAAAAAGGACACCUUUUUUACCCAUAUCCCAUCUGUACAGAAACAGCAGACAGAGAAUUACUUCCAUCAUUUCAUGAAGUUUCAGUUUAUCCCAAGAAAGAGCUUCCUUUCUUUAUACUCUUCACUGCUGGAUUAUGUUCCUUCACAGCCAUGCUAGCCCUCCUGACACAUCAGUUCCCGGAGCUUAUGGGGGUCUUCGCAAAAGCUUUCCUCAGCACUCUCUUCGCCCCUUUAAAUUUUGUGAUGGAAAAAGUAGAAAGUAUCCUUCCCUCCAGUCUGUGGCACCAGCUGACAAGGAUCUGAGGGGAAACACCACACUGAUUGACUGCCAUGACAUCUUCUGUGACAACUUUUUGUUGACCACAAGAAAGCAUGAUAAAAAAGGGAAACAGUUCUAAGACUUAAAAACUCUUCAUGGAUUGUCUGUUCUCAUAUAAAAACUGUUUUUGUUGUACAAAAUACAUUGCUGUUAGGUUUUAUCAUAUUUUGCUUUCA